ACAGCUUCCUUCGAAGGAAGCCUUUUGGUUUCAACCAUAAAAAUAUAAAUCGUUUGUAGUGGAUAUUUUUCUUCACUAAAAUAACACAGAUAGAUAGAUAGAUAGAUAGAUAGAGAUCAGAGGAAAGUACAAGGAGAAUGGCGGACAGAGAAGUGGAUGCGAAGACAAAUAUGAACUUCAAAGGAGAAUCCAUGCCUGCCUUUAUGGGGAAGAAUACGUCUGUCGAUUGGCGAGGCAGACCCUGCAAGUCUAAUAAGCAUGGCGGAAUGAGUGCUGCUAUUUUUAUCCUUGGUCUCCAAGCAUUUGAGAUGAUGGCAAUUGCUGCAGUAGGGAACAAUCUGAUAACUUACGUGUUAAAUGAGAUGCACUUUCCUCUGUCAAAGUCUGCAAACAUAGUAACAAAUUUUAUAGGGACAGUCUUUCUCCUUUCACUCCUUGGUGGGUUCCUCUCAGAUUCUUACCUUGGGAGCUUUUGGACCAUGUUGAUCUUUGGCUUUGUGGAGCUCUCUGGUUUUAUACUACUUUCUGUUCAAGCCCAUCUUCCACAGUUGAAGCCACCCAAAUGCAACAUGAUAUUGGAUGGAGGGCACUGUCUGGAGGCAGAGGGCUACAAAUCUUUGUAUUUCUUUGUUGCACUCUACUUGGUGGCUUUAGGAAGUGGGUGUUUAAAACCCAACAUAAUUUCUCAUGGGGCUGACCAAUUCAGAAAAGAUGAUUCCAAGCAAUCCAAGACGCUCUCCACUUAUUUCAACAUCGCCUACUUUGCCUUCUGCAUGGGCGAGCUUAUUGCACUUACUCUUCUCGUUUGGGUGCAGACACAUUCUGGCAUGGAUGUUGGCUUUGGGGUCUCAGCAGCUGUCAUGGCAGUGGGAUUGGUUAGCUUGAUUUCAGGUACAACUUUUUACAGGAAUAAACCGCCCCACGGAAGUAUCUUCACCCCAAUUGCUCAGGUUUUUGUUGCUGCAUUUACAAAGAGAAAGCAAGUCUGCCCUUCAAAUUCAGGGAUGCUUCAUGGAAGUCAAAACAAUGUGCAAACCCAUGGUUUUGCCACGUCGCCCAACAUCAGUAGUUCUAAUCUCCUCCAUACCGAAAAGUUUAGAUUCCUUGACAAGGCCUGCAUAAAAAGCCAAGACACAAGUGGAACAAGUGAAAGUCCAUGGAGACUAUGCACCGUGGCCCAAGUGGAGCAAGUGAAGAUAAUUAUCUCAGUUAUUCCCGUAUUUGCCUGUACCAUAAUCUUCAACACCAUUUUAGCACAGCUCCAGACCUUCUCAGUCCAACAAGGAAGUGCAAUGAACACCCGGAUAACAAGAAGCUUCCACAUCCCUCCAGCUUCUCUUCAAUCCAUCCCUUACUUUAUGCUAAUCUUUGUUGUCCCUCUUUAUGAAACUGUUUUUGUACCAAUUGCAAGAAAAUUCACAGGAAGGGACUCGGGAAUCACACCUCUUCAAAGGGUUGGCGUGGGGCUGUUUGUUGCCACUUUCUCUAUGGUUUCAGCUGCAAUGGUUGAGAAAAAGAGAAGAAACAGGGCUUUACAUUUUAAUGAAACUCUCUCCAUCUUUUGGAUUGCCCCACAGUUUCUCAUCUUUGGCCUGUCUGAGAUGUUCACUGCUGUGGGGCUGAUUGAGUUUUUCUACAAGCAAUCCGUGGAAGGGAUGCAAUCCUUUCUUACUGCCAUGACUUACUGCUCAUACUCUUUCGGCUUCUAUUUGAGCUCCCUCCUUGUUUCCUUUGUCAACAAAAUUACCUCAAAAUCUUCUGGUGGCUGGCUUAGUGACAAUGACCUCAACAAGGAUAGAUUGGAUCUUUUUUAUUGGGUUUUAGCUGUCCUCAGCCUCAUCAACUUCUUCAGUUAUCUUUUCUUGUCUAAAUGGUACUUCUAUAACCCAUUGGUAUCACCCACUCCACAACCAGAUCAUCAGUCAUAUGGACAAGAAGACCCAGAAAACAAAAGGUUCAACCCCUCCAAGCAAGAUGAAGCUGAUAAUAUUUUGCCUUGAGCCACAGCAGAGUAUUAGAUUGAUAUGCGACUCCCGUACAAUUUGGAUGAUUUUACAGUAAAAAUCAGUCUUCGGAUAAAAAAACUUUGUUAAAAAAAAAUUAAUGACUGAUUUUUAUUGUCACAUCAUCUUUAUUAAUUGUAGUAUAAAAGUGUACUAAAUAAGAUUUACACUCUUCUAAUUAAUAUUAUUCCUUGACCCUACCUAUCUCUUACUCGUGUAUGUAUCAAAGUAAAAGAACACCCUAGAUGAACUACUGUGAUAUUCUUAGACCCACCUGCUAUGUUGAUAAGUUUUCAGGUAUUUUUGUUCACUUUUUGUCAAAAUAAUUGACAAAGUAAGGUGGUUCUUGAGCUGAAUUCAAGGAUCUACAGGGAAGUUAGGUCUAGAGUAGACCUGUGGACCAGAAGAUGCAAUGCACUCUCCUAAUCUCCUAGCUACUUGUCCUCCCUUUUUCUGCUUAAAAUGUGUUUAUGUGGUCAUGUGUCAGGCAGACAUCUUCUCAAUUUUCUUUUCUGUAAAGGAAUAUGUAAGUGGUGGGAUCCUGAUUUCUGCUUUAUUUAGUUCAAAGAAGUGUCACGAGCUCCUAAAAGCUGAUUUGAUCUCCUUUGAUGUGAUUCAUGAAUAUGGAAGAUAUUUUUAUUGC